ACUGCGCAGUGCCUGUUGCAUAUAAGUUGCAUUUUAUUUUGUGCUGAAAGUUUAUCUAUGAACUCAAACUGGCUAUUCUAAAUUCUUUAUUUUUGUGCUUGAACAUACUUACAACUGUAUAUUUGUUUUGUAUUUUUGGUGUAAGUGCACGUCCAGUGCCAACAUACAUAUGAGGCAUUAAAAUUUAAAUGAGGUAUUAAAAGAGCAAGUCCAUUGUAGCAAAAACUAUGCCAUCAACUUAUUUUUCUAUUUUAUGAAGAAAUCUAAAGUCUACUAUUUGCAUCUUUAACUUAGGUUUAAAAAACCUCAAAACCAUCAGUUUGUCUCAGUCGUGAAUAAGACUAGAACAAUGGGUUCAUCUAACAGUCAUCCUGAAGCCCCUAAGAAACAUUUCACCCAAGUGAAUCCAAGAGUUCUGGCAAAUAAUAUCUCGAACCAGAUUCCUCAGCGCUCAACACGAUCCAGCACUGCCACCAGAGUUCCAAACUAUGUAUAUCAGGUUCCUCGGGAUGAAGAUAUAAGGAUAUUCCCUAGAGCGAAUAAUUCAGUUACAGCUUCAGGAUCUACAAACACACAAUUGACUAGUGAAAAUACCAGCUCAGCUAGUAGCAAUGUUAGUACUACUGUCACAACACCUGCUAAUAUCACUAAUUGUACUACGUCUAUGACUACAUCAAGUAACAGUAGAUCCACUUCGACUGUACCAACAAAUCUCCAUAGCUCUACUCCUUCAACCUCGGUAUCUACUAAUGGUAGCACAAGUAGUAACAAUCCUACCACUUCUGUAUCAAGAAAUGCAAACAGCUCAGUUAACUCGAAGGAAACUACUAUAUUAACCCCAAAACCACUUGUAAGCCUCGCAUCGGAUAGUACCAGUAGCAUGAACAGCAAAUUUGAAAAUCUGAAUUUGAAUAAGUCCAAUGCUUCUUCACCUGUAGAAUCACUUGGAACCUCUCAAAAUACGAUGAAUAGCGAUAGGGGAAACAUCACAUCAAAGGAGAAUCUCAAUUAUUCUGGUAACCAGGACUCAUCUGAAGAAAAGAGUAAUGCAUUUCAAAGGAAAAGAAAUAGGAAUCCGAAUGGAGAUUUUCAGGCUAGAGCUCGUUCACAAUACAAUAAUGACUCUAGGCCUCGUAAUAGAAAUCAAAGUAGACCAAGAGAUAAUAUGAAUCAGAAUGAUAUUUCUAAUGGAGAUUCUCAGGGUAGACCUCGUUCACAGUACAAUAAUCAGAAUGACUCUAGGCCUCGUAAUAGAAACCGAAGUAGACCAAGAAAUAAUAUGAAUUCGAAUGACUUUGAGGAGACAAGAGGCAACAGAAAUGAUCGACCAAACGAGUCAAGCAACAGACGUCCACGUCCUAACAGGCCUAGAAACCCUAGAAAUAUAUCCUCAGAUGAUACUCCACCCACUGAGAAUUCGGGAGAUGCCAAAACAGCACAAGUACACAAUUCAUUUAUGAAAAAGUUGAUUGGAACGUUUCCUCCAAACUAUGAGAGAUGCAGAGGACUCUUCUGCGCUGCCUGCAAUCACUACGAGAUUUUCAUCGGUAGAAGACCGGGUGUCAAGCAUAUUGACACACCGAGACACAAGGCUGCCAUCAGCAACAAUAGCAGGGUCAAGUCGAUGAGCUGCACCAGUUGUAGAGUGAUACUGCAGUGUGACAUACAGUUUCUGGUGGCACACAAACAAUCCGAAAUACACAUGUUCAUUGCUGAUCAGAAGCAGCGCUCGACUGGCGCCAGUGCCAAUGCCAGUGCCGCCGAACCAAGUCCCAAGGGUGACAACACUUUGAUGCUGAAGGAACACAUUAAAGAGCAUUUCCAACGGAGACUCGAUUUGCCUCCAGAAGUGAACGACUAUUCAUUUUACUGUCACGUGUGCGAACAAUGGUUCACAGACCACUUGAUAUGGGAUGAGCAUCUGAAGAAACAACAUGAUGCCAGUGAUAAUAGAGUGAUGAAUAUGACUUUCAGACACUGUCAACCAUGUAAGCUGAUGAUGUGCGGUAGCAAACUGCUGAGUAUCUUCCAUUCGGACGCUAAUGAACAUGAAAAGUUCAAAACAUUUCUCAGCAUUCCAUCAGCAAGUGGUGGUGAUGAUGAUGAUGAUGACGACGAUGACGAUGAAGAAGGAGAAGAUGCCAGUGACAAUGUGUCAACAACAAGUAGUGCCGCACCACAAGAACAACAAUCGCAGAGACCAGUUUGUCUCGUUCUGAAAAAUCUACCUUCAAAUACCUCAGAGCGGGACAUUUUCAACUACUUCAAAGACUUUGGCCAUUUGGAAAAAUGGUUGAUGAAUCCGAUUGGGGAAAAUACUGCAGUUGUACAAUUCCGCUUCAGUUCAGUUGCUGAGAACAUCAUCAAUAGUAAAUUCCCACUGGUGAUGCAUGGGUCAAGAUUCGAUGCAUGCUUGCAGUACCUGUAAGUCUUCACUAUAUUGAAGACCAGGUUCUACAACUACGAAUUUUUGGAUUGAAUAGUCUGCUGUGCAUCGGUGAAAUUCUACUAGAGGUACUUUUACCGUAUAUAUUUUUAUAACUUCAAAUUCAAGAACCCUUGAAAAUAGUUUGCAGCUCUAGCAAUAGCAUCGUAGAUAUUCUAGAUGAGUUUUUAUCAACGAUUUGUUGACUAAUUUCAUAUCAAAUGGUCGACUAAUUUGCAUCAUAGGUAGACCUAUCCUGUGCCUUAUUUGAACAUUUCUCAUGUAAAACAAGAUGCCUUCAAAUCGUUCAAAUAUAAUAGAUGUGCCUUAAUACAUACAAGGUGCCUUUCGUUUACAAGAAUAUAUUACUAUUAAUAUAGUAUACAUUUAUUACUAUAAUAAUAUUAUUCGAUUUGAAUGGGCUCAAACAUAAUACUAUUCAUCAUAAAAAUUAUAUGUUUCUAAGGGAAAUAUUGUUGAUUUCUCAUCAGUAGGUGAUUUGAAUAAUUAUGAUAGCGAUGAAAUAAAACUUCACUAUAUAGAAGGUUAUACCUCUCCAAGGUGAUAUAUCAAUAUCCUUAUAUGCUAUUGAGAAUUUGAGUUCAAGGAUUUCACUUCAUUCGUUUAUUGCGAGCUUCCAUAGUGAAUUGUUUAAGAAUUCGUUGUGAUUUGAUCUAAAUGGACCAUUGGAAGCUUUGGGCUUUGAAGCAAAUCUUCCAUAAAGUAUAUUCCACUACUCACGAUAUGUUCAAAUAAUUUCUCAAAACAGAUUGAGUGGAAAACAAAAUUUUUAAUCAUCGCAAAUUUUCAGAAUAAUGCAAUCAACGUUGCAAAAAUACAAAAUGGACUUUACAUUUUGCAUACUCAUAUAUUCAUACUACUAUUGUUAUAGGCUGUUAGCCAAAGCCUACUUGAUAAUGUGGCUCUAACAUAUAAAUAUACUUAUUUAUCAUAACAUUAUAUAAUCAAGUAAAUAUUACAUACAGUAGUAACUAUUAUUUUAUUGUACUAUUACAAUAUACUAUAUUAUAUUGUUGAAUAUGAACAGUUCUAUUUUAUAAGAGCUGAAUUUUAUGAAGGUGUUAAGCCAAUCGGUGUUUGGUUUGAUUGACUUAUCUAUAAGAAAACUACAUACUCUAUAACAGUAUGUAGUUGUAUAUGAUUCAUUUCUCAUCAUAAAGCAAUGUAAUUCGUUUAUUGUUGGAAAUAUCCGAACUUAUGAUAAAAUAAAUUGCUUUGCAAUAUUUUAGUGCAAGAAUGAUAUUGUGAAUGAAUAUUAUGAUAUUGCUGUAAAGUAUCACAAUGUCAUUCAAUUAGCACAGAGAUAAUGAGUAAGUGUAAUUACCAACGUCCCAAGUUGUUAGACGUUCUUGAUAAGAUUAUUACAAUAAUAGCAUGAAUAAUAAUGCAAUUCAUUGAUAAUUUGUGAUUUUCCAAUUUAUGAUAAGAGUUCCUGGAAGUGUAUUGGAACUCUCCUCUCAUACAGCACAGUGCGAUGCUGAAAUUAAUUAUGUUGAAUACAAUAAGCAGUAAAAUUAAACUGCUAUGAAGGAAUUUCACAAAUAUUAUAUGAAAUAUCGUAAUUUUAGCUGUAAGACAUUGUUCUGUUGUUAAUUGGUUGAAAUAAGUUCACUUAUCAUUAAGACUCCCUAGUUUGGCAAUAAAUAGUUUGUUGAACACAAUUUAUUUAUAAAAUUCUGGAUCGUUUCAUUCAAUUUGAUCUGAUAUCGAAGAAUCUAUUAAUUAUUGUGAUUUGAGAUUAUAAUAAUGGUUGUAUUAUUGCCAGAGAAUUUCAUUAACUGAGACACUUCAACAAACUACUAGGGUGUCCUAGUUCGGUAAUAAAUAACCAUUUUUUGUUCUAAUACACUGCUUUCAAUUUGAUUUACUACAUUAUUCAAUAAUUUUAUCUCAAAAACUGCUUGACUUUCAGUAGAGAUAAAUUUGACGUAAAGUAAUACUUCAACCAAUCUAUGACUCCGCAGAACAUUAUGAAAUUAUUGAUUUACCUAGCAUUGCUGUGUUAUGUAUGUGUUUAUUUCUCUAUAACUCGUUCAAAUAUAAUAAUUGAUGAGAAAUAUUAUGCUAAUUUUUAGAGAUUAUUCAUGAAAAGUUUUAUUUUGUAUUCUACUAUAGUGAGAUUCACGUUGUAAAGUCACUACCUGACUGACAUUGGUUUGCUGUUCUUGUCUGCUAUUGGACAAAGCAAAUGGUAGCUCUUUCCUUAUCCACCUCCGUACAGUUCAUUAGCCAAAUCAUUUUCAGGCCAAGAAGAAAAUAUAUAAUAGAUUACCAUAAUAUUCAAUAUAAAUUAUGUAAAUUUACGGUAUUAUUAAAUCUUGAAAAUAUAUACUUUCUUUAUGAAUAUAACAUUAUAUUUCAGCAUAAUUAUGUUUUCUUACUAAAAAUAUUCUUGAAAAUGUUAUCAUUCUGUCUAAUAUGUCUAAUUAUGUUUCCUCCCAAUUGAAGGCAAUUGCUCGAAAGAAUUGCCACUUCUAUCUUCUUUCGAUUUUUUCUUGCUACUGUAGACACUUGUUCAAAAAUAUCAUCAUCACUGUCUACUGCUAUGGUCUAAUCAAUGGUUGGAACAACGACCAGGUGACAAGGUGACAAUUCUUUUGAGCAAAUGUCUCCAAUUGAAAUAAAACAUGUAAAUAAACAUAUUAGAGGGCCUUCUCCUCAUGUUAAAAAUAAUAAAUUUGUGAAGUUGAAGUACUUUGUUGAUAAGUAAGUAUAUAUGCUCAAACAUAUUUUAUCCAUGAAGUAAAUAUAUUUUUUCAUGAUUUAAUAACGAAUUUUCAUAAUUAUAUUAAAUAUACUGGUUGAAUAUUAUGGUGAUUCUUUCGAACAAUUGCCUGCAAUUAAAAUAUUGCUUCUAGAGAAAUGAAAUGAACAUACUAGAAAGCAUUUUCGUUUGAAUGAAACUAAUUAAAAAUCUAGUAUGUAUAAGAAUUAUAAAAGAUUUUUCCUCAUUCGGGAAAAUCUUUCUUGAUAAAAUGAGUCAAGUUUAUAAAAUCUACAUUUUUAUAAAUGAAAACCUUCAAACCGAUCAAAAUGUUGAGUGAGGUCUCAAAUCACAAUUUCCAAAUUAAUACUGUUGAAAAUAUUGAUAUUACCGAUAUUCUUGUACUCUUAUACAAUUUUAUUCACUAAUAUUUUUGUAAUCAACUGUAACUGUACUUUCAAACAAUAAAGAUUAUUAUUAUUCUUCUA